AUGAUCAGUCGUUUUGUUACAAAGACACCUAAUAAUCUGCUAAGUAUUAGCCGGGUAAAUCACAUCAGGAACCAUGUGCCCAUGCGUUUUCCAGCGGGAACGUAUGAUGAACUUCAAAUUCCUCAAGGAAGUUGGGCUGAAUUGCACAAACAGCACAAUAAGAUUUAUAAUACAUUUUUCAUAGUUAGCGCUACAAUCGCUACUGCUUUGUUCGCUGCAUAUAGACUUCCAAAAGCUUCCAACUCUGAAGAAGGUCUAAAAUUCUUGAACCCUGACCCUAAAGCACUGAAAUAUAUUAUAGAGAAUUGA